AUGCCGCUCUCGCGGUUGUCCCGGCCCGGCGCUGCCGCGGGGUCCCAGCCCCACAGCCGCACCGAGGCACCCAGCGCGUCCGUCAUUUGCGGGCUAGGGCCCAGUAGAGUUCAGAGAUUGCUUCCAAACGAGAAGAUUCGGGCAGUCUCCCCCGGAGCCGUGGCUCGCUACUGCUGCAGCCUCCGCACCAAUGGGCGCAAGGAAGCGGGGGCCGGUCAGCGGCCGAAAGGCGAGCCCCUUCUCUUCCCGCCCCCUCCCCCGGAGAAUGACCCUCGGCUCCCACGCACCCGCUCCAGUCUCGCGCCUGCCUUGCCCUUCGACCCCAAACUAGUUGAACCCCGCGACCCGCAGCCCCCGCUCUCCCCGGCCCUCGCCUGCCCGCCCCCGCCUCUCAGGGACUGUCGGCUGUCGGAGCGGGAAGUUGGGGUGGAGGCGGAGGUCCGGCAGGCGAGGAGAGGUCCGGGAGCCGAUCGCGGUUGUGGGGGAGCAGCCUGGCCCGCGGAGCAUGUCCACUGGGUAUGCUGGCUUCCUGAGGAGGGGGGCACAAACCUUCUCACCCCCAGGCUGGAAGAGGAAGAGCAUCCCUUGUGGAGAGGAAGGGAGCUGGCAGCGUCUGAGGCACUGAACUGCCCCGACAAUGAGACCCAUGCCCCAAGCUGCAGUCUGGGGGCCCUGUACUGGGCCUGUGCUCGAAAUGACCCUGCCCAGCUCCAGUCCCUGCUGGAUGGUGGGGUCUCCCCAGAGGAGGCCACCCAAGUGGACAGCAAUGGGAGGACAGGCCUCAUGGUCGCCUGCUACCAUGGCUUCGGGAGUAUUGUGGCCCUGCUCAACCACUGUCCUUUCCUUGAUGUGAACCAGCAAGACAGAGAAGGGGACACGGCCCUCAUGCUAGCUGCCCAAGCAGGCCAUGUGCCCCUGGUGAGUCUUCUGCUCAACUACUAUGCAGGCCUGGACCUGGAGCGCCGGGACCAGCGGGGGCUCACGGCUCUGAUGAAGGCUGCCAUGCGAGAUCGCUCAGAGUGUGCUGACCUGGAAGCGGUGGACCCCGCCAGGGGCAAGACGGCCCUGGAGUGGGCGGUGCUGACCGACAGCUUCACCACAGUGCAGAGGAUCCGGCAGCUGCUACGGCGGCCCCGAGCUGAGCAGCUCAGCCAGCACUACCAGCCUGAGUGGCCAGCCUUGUCUGGGCUGGUGGCUCAGGCCCAGACCACGCCAUCCCUGCUAGAGAGACUGCAGGCCACCCUGAGCCUCCCCUUCUCCCAGUCUCCUCAGGAGGGGGGCGUCCUGGACCACCUCGUGACCGUCACAACCAGUCUGGCCAGUCCCUUCCUCACCACUGCCUGCUGCACCCUAUGCCCUGAUCGUCCACCUGCACUGGGCACCCGAAACGUGUCUGUGCCAGAGCUGCUAGGCACAGUCCCGGUCCCGCCCCUGACCCCCAAAUCCUCCCCAGUAGUCCCUAAUGCCAGCGUCCUCCUCAUCCCCUAUCAGAGCCCUCAGGGUAUGUUGAGCCUGUGCCCUCACUGGCUACAGCCCAGGGACAGUACCAGCCCCAAACCCCAAGCCCCCAGAAUCCUCCUCUCCAAGGCACCCAAGUCCCCCAGACAGCAUAAGCAGGAGCCCAAGCCUGCUGAACGUAGUCUGGCCCUUCCUAUCUGGCGAUACCAGGAGCUCAGGAGGGAGAGGCGGAAGCAGGAGGAGGAGGCCAGGUGUGCACAGAGCCUGGGAAAGAUGGGCUAG